AUGGCAUCCGUAUCAAAUUCACUAACCAAUCCGGGGUUGUACAGUUUUGCCAAUUCGAACUACCGCCCUCCAACUUCCGCAGAAACACCUGUCUCCGACUCCUUUCCCAGUCCCGUUUUCGAGACCCCCAAACCCGGGCAAGGUUCAGUCACCGACGCCGGGGGCUGGACUCCGCAUUUUGCUGAAGAAUAUUCCGUCUUCAACUCGACUCCUGGAAAUCUCCGUGGAUCUCAAAAUUCUUUCGUUGACUUUCGUGCUGCCACACCUUCCAGCAACCACAAGAGGCUGCUAUCCAACGACACUUUUGCUACUGAAAUUGCAACUCAUGUGAAUCACUUUUCGGACCAAAGUCUACCACUGCCGCCGGUCGAGCCAUCACGUCGCUUGGCCUCAUCCCCAUAUUCAGUAACUGCACCUCAAGAAUACAUAACCGAUACGACACCCCUGCCCAGUCCUGAUCCGGCCAAACACCCUCAAACCUCCAAGAAGGCUAGGAAAGCCGGAGUUCAGGGUGCAGAGCCCUCGCAGACAGCGACGCCGCCACCCACUGGACGUAGGGGAGCGCGGAAGCUCGCCGACAAGCUCAAUAUGCAAAAUGAUCAGUACUUCGGCCAGCCCGACUUCACUGGCAACUCUCAACAGCAACAGCAACAUGAUAUUGCUGCCUUGAUGGCUUCCUCUGGUGACAUGUUUGCAUAUCCCAUGACAGCACCUGCUGCCACGCCUAACACUUUCUGGGAUCCUUCGAUGGGUAUGGACUUUGACUUUAGUGCAUCGCCUUCCAAUGUCUUUCAGACGACGCCUGUUCAGCAUGGUGGCCAUCACCGCCACACAGGUUCCUUCGACUGGAAUAGCGAGGUACCACUCUUUCAAGACCCUAAUGCACCAUUUGCUUCCGCAGGUUCAGACCCUAUGCAAACCAUGCAACGUGACCGUCCUCUUGCACCAAAGCCUAUGGGUUCGGCAGGUGUUACUACAGCAAGUGCUGCCAUGUCUGCUGCCCUUUCCGCUCCUCUAGAUGACCCUUUUGGACUUGGACAGUCCAUGAAUGGAGUAAACCCGGGAUUGCUGUUUGAACCUCCACACAAUUCUGUUUUGGAUAACCCUGCCCUCAUCCCAGUGACACAGGCUGGCUCCGCUGAAGCCACCAUUUUCCAAUCGAGAUCAAGAACACCUUUGGGUGAAAACAUCCGCCAAUCAACGAGCAUGAAGGACCUGAGAGCUACAAAGGCACCCGAUCGUGCACUUGCACCAUCCCCUGUCAAGGCAAACCCUCGGCCCGGAAUGGGUAGGAGUUUCAGCGAAAACCGUGGCAAGAGAGCCCAACCACAGAACCGACCUGUACUACCCAAACUUGCACCGGCACGGCCAGUCUCACAAGCCAGCAAUGGCUCCAAUAGCGACAGUGCGCCCCCAAAUCGGCCUAUAGCCAAACCAACCGGAAGGUUGUCUCCAAUGAAGAGCCAACACCGCCUUUCGGGCUUGGCCUCCAUCCCUGAGGGGCCAGCACUGCAACACCAAUCCACUCGAACAGCUGUGAAAUUCACCAUCGACUCGAGGGGCAGAGCUCGUGCAGAGACAACGAUCGUGCCUAAUGAAUGGGAAUGGGAGCCCAGUGCCAAUCAUCCGGGACUCACUCGUGAUAGGAGUCGAACACCGCGAGACCUGGGUCCUUCGGACGAUGACGAAUCAUCCUCGGACGACGAGCCUAUCAUUAUUCCUAGCCGGAACAACUCGUUCAAUGCGUCCUUUGCUUUACCUGAUCCACUGAGACCAGUUGGGUCCAUCUUUCACUCUUCGCGACGUAGUAUUAGUGACAGGAGCACGGGUAGCAUACACGAUACUAUUGGAGGAUCGCAGCACGACGCGGAUAGUGAGAAUGAGACGAUGAUGUAUGAGCGCAAGGACAAGAUUGGGGAUGCUGCUAGUGAGCUUCGUAAGGUCAUGGAGGACCGAAGAAAGCGAUCGAAUCCAAUGGGACAGGGUGGACAACACCGCUCGUUUCAGGGUGGACACUUUGGCCCUUUUCGAGGUGACAGCAACUCGCCGUCGACCCUUACCGAGUCAAGCCUUAUAACAGAUAGACACGUCAGAUGUCUCUGUAGCCGAAAGGGGGCUGACGAGGGAGACGGCGCCAUGAUCCAGUGGUAA